CACUUGUUCUUUCAUUCAUUAUCUUCCUUCUUUUUCUCUCCCUAGUCCUCCCUACUCUAUUUCUACUCUCUCUCUCUCUCUCUCUACAACCACAUUCUCUUCCAUAAUCAUUCUCUAAUAACCAUAAUUUCAUAAUCAAACAAUGACACAAACAACAAUAACAACAACCUCUUCAGAAACAACCACCACGACAACAACCUCAAACUCCUCCACCUCUUCAUCUUCUUCACCACCACCCUCACAUUCAACCCAAAAACAAACCCCAACAAAGCCCAAAGACAACAACAACAGUAACAAUAAUAACAAACACCCAACCUACCAUGGAGUAAGAAAACGCAGCUGGGGAAAAUGGGUGUCCGAAAUUCGAGAACCUCGCAAAAAAUCACGAAUCUGGCUCGGAACAUUCUCAACACCAGAAGCUGCAGCUAGAGCACACGACGUAGCAGCUUUAACCAUCAAAGGCAAAACCGCAAUCCUCAAUUUUCCCAAUAUCUCCAACAUGCUUCCUAUACCUGCCACGUCAGCACCACGUGACAUUCAAGCCGCUGCAACAGCAGCGGCUGCAAUGGUUGACUUUGAUGUACCUGUCGCGCACGUGACAGAACAAUGUUGUUCUGAAUCUGACGAGUCACAACAAGAACAAGAACUUAGUCAAAUUGUUGAACUUCCUAAAAUUAAUGAAGGUGAAGAUGACUCGGUUGUUGACUCAGCUGGUUCUGAGUUUCUUUUGCUAGAUGACUCGGUUGAUAGUACUAACUGGGUUUAUCAUCAUCCUCUUACUCCCUCAAUUGGCUUCGAAGAUGGAAUUGAAUUCUACGCUACUUUUUCUGAUGAUUUUUUACUACCCAUUUGGGAUUGAAAUCAUGGGUUGUUUUCAAUUUCAUCAAAUUUUCUACUUUUGGAAUUGGAACAUUACUGUAAUAUAUAUAUAGUAUUAGUAUAUUACUAUUACUGCUACACUUUAUUUUCAAACAUUGUUAUUAUAAUUUAUAGUUAAGGUCUUAGGUAGUACUUCAAAUACAAGUUGAAACUCAACCUUUUCUUUUUAUUUUUUCCUCAAUGCAUAGUCUUUGGUGGCUUCUUCUGUUUACUAGAAACGGACAAUGUGAAUGUUGAAUAAGUUUCAGCCACAAAAUAGUGUAAUAAUGGACUUGAAAUAAUAAUUUCAUCACUGUUUGAUACUAUAUACUUUGGUGUUCUUUCAAUGAUAUCUUUUGCUGUAGUUAGUAGCUAGUGACCAUUAGCUAGAUAGAAAAGUGUGAUGAUUUUGAAAGGGAAGUUAAGUACAAUUAUUAGUUUUCAUGUUUAAAUGAGUGUGUAUAUUAUAAGUAUAGUUGUAAAAAAGUUUGACACUUUUAAAUGUCUUUUUCUCUCAUUGGAUUAAACAUAUGAUAAAUUUAUGAUGGUGAGAUA